CUCUCACGGCAGACCUUCUCAGUCGGCGGAGGAGGGCGCCUCACCGCCGUUAGACACCCAAAUACUUUCUCUCCGUAUAGCGUCUGCGCGUCCCCCCUUUGAACGGGACUUGAUGAUGAGCGCCAAAUAACACGAACACCGUCUGCGAGAAACGAUCGGCCCCGAUUCAGUUAUUCGGGUGAUGUGAAGAAAGAAAAAAAAAGAAAAAGAAAAAGAAACUCGAGUGGAGAGAUCUUUUUACGCGACACGGGCCGAAGGGGGAAGCUGCAGGAGUCGUGCCUGUUGGAGCUGGCCGCUGACCAUCAAAUGACCAACUUCUGAAAAAAGUCGACCUGGGCUGUUCUUGCAGUUUCUUAGCUCGAAACUCCGCAGCAACAUCAUGGCCGUCUCGCUCUCCUCCGUCGUUUUGCUCCUACUCCUGAUUAUUGCUUUGAAUUGGCUACCCGCCCCAGGAUCUGCAUUUCUCAUAGACCGGGACCCCACGACGUCAUCAGCUACCCUGGAGCCACACUUCACAGACUGCAUCUCCAGGGACCAGGAGACUUUCCGUUGCUGGUGGAGUCCAGGCGGCUUCCACAACCUGUCCUCCCCUGGAACACUGAGAGUAUUUUACCUAAAGAAAGACUCCCCCUCUAGUGAAUGGAAGGAAUGUCCAGAGUACAUCCACAAAAACAGGGAGUGCUUCUUUGAUGCAAACCACACAUCCGUUUGGAUCCCCUACUGUGUUCAGCUUCGUGGACAAAACAUCACCUAUUUCAAUGAAGACGACUGCUUUACGGUGGAAAACAUUGUGCGUCCUGACCCGCCCGUGUCUCUGAACUGGACCCUGCUAAAUAUGAGCCCCUCUGGACUCAGUUACGACGUCUUAGUCAGCUGGGAGCCCCCGCCCUCGGCAGACGUUGGCGUGGGCUGGAUGCGCAUCGAGUAUGAGAUCCAGUACAGAGAGAGGAACGCCACCAGCUGGGAAGCGCUGGAGAAGCAGCCGCACACCCAGCAGACGAUCUACGGCCUGCAAAUAGGAAGAGAGUACGAAGUGCACAUCCGCUCCAGGAUGCAGGCCUUCGUUAAGUUCGGAGAGUUCAGCGACUCCAUCUUCAUCCAAGUGACGGAGAUUCCCAGCAAAGAUUCUACCGUCCCAUUCACUCUGGUUCUGAUUUUUGGGAUCGUGGGCGUCCUGAUAGUCAUCAUGGUGAUAGUGGCUUCUCAGCAGCAGAGAUUAAUGAUGAUACUCCUGCCCCCUGUUCCUGCACCCAAAAUCAAAGGCAUCGAUUCAGAAUUGUUGAAGAAGGGGAAACUGGAGGAGCUGAAUUUUAUCCUGAAUGGUGGGGGUCUAGAAGGCCUUCCAGCCUACGCAACAGAUUUCUACCAAGAGGAGCCAUGGGUGGAGUUCAUUGAGGUGGACGAAGAGGAUGCAGAGGGCGGAGAUAAGGAAGACAACUGCAGCUCAGAUACUCAGAGGCUACUAGGUCUCCCCCACAGGAAUACAGAGGGUUUCAGCGCCAUUAGCCCUCCUGACGAUGACUCGGGCCGGGCCAGCUGCUACGACACAGAUCUGCCGGAGCACGACACCCAGAUGCUCAUGGUGUCCCUGCUGCCAGGUCAACCCGAGGACGACGAGGCCUCCCCGGAUGCCCCAGCCUCGGAGACAAGCGAAAGGCCCCUCAUCCAAACUCAAAUCGGGGGGCCACAGACUUGGGUCAACACAGACUUAUAUGCCCAGGUCAGCAAUGUUAUGCCAUCUGGGGGGGUAGUGCUGUCCCCGGGCCAGCAGCCCAAAAUCCAGGAGAACAGCUCAGGUUCGGAGAGGGAAACGCAGAAAGGAGGAAAGCUGAGUGAGGAGGAGCAGAAGAAAAACGAGCCCCAGUUUCAGCUGCUUGUAGUGGUCCCAGAGGGAAGCGGCUACACCGGCGAGAACGAGGCCCGGCAGACCAGCACUCCCCCCAGCUCUCCGGUGCCUGGGUCAGGGUACCAAACCAUACAGCCUCAUGCGAUGGAGACCAAACCUGCAGCCACGACAGACGCCAGUCAGUCACCAUACAUUCUGCCCGAGUCACCCCAGUCUCAGCUCUUUACGCCUGUUGCAGACUACACAGUGGUGCAGGAGUUGGACACGCACCGCAGUUUGCUCCUCAACCCACCUCCCAGCCAGUCUCCCUCUUUGUGCCAGCAGCAGCAUCCUCUCAAAGCUCCAAUGCCCGUAGGAUACAUCACCCCAGACCUGCUGGGGAACCUGGCGCCGUGAGUGGACGGCGCCGUCAGACCUUAACUACAGGCGUUUGACAGGAAGUCAGUAUGCAGUGGCCCCGCCUGAUCCCUGAUGGAAACCAAAAAAAGUAAAUAGACUUCAAAACCUGCAGCACUCUGGAUGAAUACAUGUGCGCAGGUAUUCAGAGGAUGCUCAAGGGGAGAUACAACAAGUACCGUACACCUCAAUACGUUAUAAUCUCGUUGAGAGCUUAGUUUAUUUCAGCAAUUCAGUUCAAAAACUGAAGGUCAAAUAUUAAAUACGUCGAUUUCGCACAGAAUGAUAUAUUUCAAGCAGCUAAUGAAAGCAAGAAAUUCAGUUUCUCAGAAAGUUAAAACCUCCUUUAAUUUCAUUAUUAUUUGUCGGUCUGGUGUAAUGUUAAAUCCUUUUAAGGAACCUGAAUUCUGGGUUUUCGUUGACUGUAAUCAUCAAAAUUGAGAGCCAAACUUGAUAUACAUCAUUCUGUGUGUCAUGAGUGUACAUAAUAUAGGAGUUUUACCUGAAUUGACUCGCUGAACUCUAAACAAUAUUCAAAUUUAUUGAGAUGCACUGCAAACUAGUUUACUUUUACGUUUAUGUCUGCUUAAUCGCUGAUUUUGAGGCAGGAGCACCCGAGGAGCAACAUCACAAACAAUGCACACUUUGCAUCCAUGCAUGAUUGUAGUAUGGAAAAAAUUAAUAAUUCAAUGUGUGGAAAAUUGCCUUAGAUUGCCUUACAGUCUUAAUAUUAAAGGUGGAGUCAGUAUAUCGGUGAGGCGAAGACAAAACAGGUGGUAGCCAUGUUUUCUAACCACACCGUAAUCUGACUUGGACAGUAGUUGCCUUUCUGAGGCUUAUUGCCUGUCGCAUUUAACAUAUACUCCAAAGUUUCUUAUUUCCUCGUGUCACAAAUCUGUUAUUCACAAGAGAUAUAUUUUUAUACAAAGCAUUCAACUUUUAAACAGAGCUAUGCAGAUUUGAAUCUCUGACUUUGUUUCUUGCGAUAGAAGAGGAAAUACUCGUCGAUUUUAGCUGCACCAAAUGCCAACAGUCAAACCAAAGCUCGCGCGGGGGGGGGGG